AGACAUGACUUGACGCUUAUCUGUGGAAUAUAAAAGAGAUAGCACCAACAAUCGAGUCGACAACAACAUCCUUUACAAGUGAAAUCAACUCAUCAUGUUUAUCCGCCUCUCUACCACUUUCCUUAUGCUCCUCGGCCUGACGGCCAUUGUCAGCGCUGGAGUGCCCCUUCCUCGUUCACCUUACGAGCCCGAUAGCGGCAAGCGUGACGAUGUCGCGAGGGUGGCCCGAUCUGAAACUUUCACAAAGCAACCAGAUGCUCGCGCCGAAGCUACCGUAGUAAUCGGUCGUUCCGAGACUGGCAGCAAGCAACCCGAUGCCCGCGCCGAACCUACUGCAGUAAUCGGUCGUUCCGAGACUGGCAGCAAGCAACCCGAUGCCCGCGCCGAACCUACUGCAGUAAUCGGUCGUUCCGAGACUGGCAGCAAGCAACCCGAUGCCCGCGCCGAACCUACCGCAAUAAUCGGUCGUUCCGAGACUGGCAGCAAGCAACCUGAUGCCCGCGCCGAACCUACCGCAAAGUAAGCAGGGCGCGCGUGAGCCUUGUUGUACGCAGGGACUCUCUGGAACCAAGCCUCGAUGGGCAACUGCUAUGUAAAAUCAGACCUAUAUGCAAAACCAGUUUACAAUACAUGUCAAAUAUGAUAGAAGUAGUACUCACGAGGAUACAAGGAAAUUUUAAAUGUCAGACGUA